AUGGGCAAGCCUUUGAUUUACGUCGUCUACUACAGCGUGUAUGGACAUGUUCGUACACUCGCAAAGCAGAGUGCCGAGGCAAUCAACAAGAGUGGCCAUGCAACUGCCCAAUUGUUCAAAGUUCAAGAAACUUUGCCCCCUGCUGUUCUCGAAAAGAUUCAUGCUCAGAAAUUCGAUGAUCCGGUAUUGAACCCAAUGGACUUGCCCAAAGCUGACGGGUUCUUGUUUGGGUUCCCAACACGAUAUGGAGCUCCUGCUGGCCAAAUGAAGUCUUUCUGGGACGGAACAGGUGCUCUCUUUGCAAAGGGAUCUCUUGCUGGUAAGAUGGGAGGUGCCUUUACAUCUACCGGCAGUCAACAUGGAGGUCAAGAAACCACAAUUGCAAACUUCAUCUCUCACUACACUCAUCAUGGAGUGAUUUACGUUCCUAUUGGCUACACAUCCAACAUUUUGAAUGAUAACAGUGAAUUGAUUGGUGGUUCUCCAUGGGGUGCAGGAACGAUUUCAGGCGGUGACGGCUCUCGCAAAGUCUCUGAAAAGGAACUUGAACUCGCUGCUCAUCAAGGCCGAUACUUUGCUGAAAUUCUCAGCAAGUACCAUAAUGGAAAAGCCAGUCUUUGA